CCGUCACGCACUGAAAUUUCAGAGGCAGUGACGGGGCUACACAGCUGCACGGAAAUCUAUCGUCUUCUCUGGCGACACCGACAGCAGCGGCAUGGUCAACCAAAGAGAAAAGGCCUUGCGGAAGGGGGCGUGAAGUCCGCCCCAUUGCAAACGCCUUUACUAAGUCUGGUGAUCUGGUGAAUGAAGACUCUGAGGGAAAGGCCAAAAGAGGAGUUUUGUUUUCGUCUCCACGCCGUCUCCCCACAGUCAUUCCCCCAUGCCAGCCUUCGUCAACCCAGCUGUGUUCGUGCCACGGCGCGACUACCCAAGCGGCACCACCCCUCCCCUCAAGCUCCCCCUCAUCAGCUCAACCGUCCCCCUGCCGGAAACGCACUCAUUCGCGAAGACCCCAAGACAGGCCAUCACCACCAGCCAAAGGGCCACACAGGAGCCCGCGACGCACAGCCCCGUCCUCGCUCAGCAGGCCGACAUCGCCUGCAAAUACCCGACGGGCUCGCGAGUGGUUUUUGGCAAGGCCAUUCGGCGGGACGGCCGUGUGGGGAUGGGCAGGGAGGGGCAAUGUUGGCCUGGGCCGGGGGAGUACGACAUGAAUAUAACGCCACUGGUGUCGCCGCGGGCGGUAAUUCGGUUUGGCCGGUCGUGCCGGUUUGAAUGGGAGGAGGGGCAAGGGCGGGAAGGAAGUCAACACGGCGAGAGGAGGCAGCAGCGUCCCGAGCCUUUGUCGUAUGACCCGCUCACUGCAUGGGCACGAGUGUGCGCACCGGGAGUGCCGGCCUAUGGUAGGGACAGGGAGAGGGAGAGGGAGAGGGAGGGGUGAGAAACCAUCUCCAUGAUUACGGUGGAUGGUUUCAGGCCCUCUGCGUAACCGAGAGAGGCGGAUGCCGUCAAGUGAGACAGAAGGCCCCGGCCCUGCCGCAUAUGUGACCGACAGCCAGCAGGUACCCACCCACCUACCCUACCUGUAUGUGUCUAUCUGUGUGCGCACAGACAGACAGACAGACAAACAUACAAACAUACACACACUGCCUCAUUGUGUUGUGUGCGCCGGGUGUGGUGUGGUGUGCUGUGGUGUGGUCUGUGUCCCUCCCUCCCUCCCUCCCCCCCUCUCUCAGACCAAACGCAUGACAGAGCCGCAGGCGCUGUUCCAGCCCUCAUUUGUGAGCAGCAGCCACUCCACUGAGUGUGGGUGUUGUUGAUGUGUUGAUGUCACUAGCUAGCAUCUAGGGAUGUCUGUGGGUGUGGGUGUGGGUGUGUGCUGCAGAGGUUCGCCCGUUCCAGCCGGCUGGACUCGACUGCCGCCCGCCUGGCGGCUGGGCAGGGCUCCGGCCCGCACGCAGGACCAGGUCAGAUAUAUGAUGUGGUCAAGUGAAUGAAAUGAGAGCGACCAUUACACACACACACACGUAUACCAAGUCAACACGUCCAUGCAUCCAUCCAUCCAUCAGGUGCACAGCAAAUCCAAUGUGUGUGUGUGUGCGGCUGUGGUGCCAGGUAGCUACAGUGUGCCGUCUACGUUCCGAAGCUCCGACUUCACUCCGAGUGUCCGGGUGCCCAGAGGCAGGACACGGGCACAGGCCGGUGAGGGGGAGGGAGGGAGAGAGAAAGAGAGAGAGCGUCAGGGAGGCCGUGGGAAGGGGAGAGGGUUAGCAGCGACACAGACAGACAGACAGACUGACAGACAGAAAGGCCUCAGGCACUACGGGAAAACAUUUGACGAAAACUGACUGACUGACGGACAGCAGCAAGUCUAAUGAAGGCGUUGCUGCGUGUCUGUGUGUGUGUGUACGUCUGUGUGUGUGUCCGUUAGGUUGGUCUCUCUACUCGCGCCGGCCACUGCCCCCUCUCCACCACCACCACCACCCGGACGCCUCAUCCCUCCCCGGCCCGUGCACAGCCCGACAGUACACCACUUUUUGAUCCACACCGACACAUACAAAGACAGACAGACAGACAGAGCCAGGUUAUCGACGUGUGGUGUGUGUGGGGUGGGGUGGCGAGUUAUCUAGCUAGAUGAACAGACGGACAGACAGGCGAGUGUGUUGGCUACGAGAAGAGAGUAGAAGCCACAGACAGACACGAGUGUUGUGUGUGUCCAUGUGUGUGAA